AUGGCAUUGGCAACGAUACAAUCGACAAUAACUACUGCGUAAGUUUUUUCGUUUGAAUGCGCUUUCGAAACGACUUUCAGAGCGAAUUGGAUGAGUCUCACAGACGAAAGCCUGGAAAGGUUAAAACGGGUCGAAGCACGCAUUCUGAAGUCUUCUGAUGUAAAUUAUGAAUCGCAGUUUGUGCAGGUGAAUUACACUAUUGAAUUUCAAGCGAAAUAACCUUUUUCCUUCAGGUCCGGUUCAAAAAAGGCGAGGUUUACACUGUGAGCGUUAAACCACGGGACACGAAAGAAACGAACGGCGACGCGAUUGUUCUGAUUCCCGGAUUGGCCGCCGGAGUCGCCAUGUUCACUGCGAACUUCAACGAAUGCGCCAAGAAUCAUUUCGUUCACUCUUUCGAUCCACUCGGAUUCGGCAGGUCCUCGCGGCCUCGUUUCAGCGGAGACAAUGCGAUUUCCGAGUUGGAAAUGGUGGAGGCGAUGGAAGAUUGGCGGAAAGCGAUGGGAAUCGAGCGGAUGUACAUGGUCGGACACGGACUGGGCGGCUAUCUGGCCAGUGCGUACGCCCUCGAACAUCCGUCCCGCGUCGCCCAUCUCAUUCUCGCCGAUCCGUGGGGAUUCGCGGAGAAAGUGGAACCAAACGAGAAAUUGGUGGGCACAAAGACGAUCCUGGAUGAUAAAACCUCUCGCCAAGUGAUUUCAGAUAAAACCGUACGCGUGGAUGUCGUUCCUCGGCGGAGUCGCCGGUUACUUCAACCCCUACAUGCCGCUGCGGCUGAUGGGACCGUACGCGCCGGCGAUCGUCAGGAAACUGCGACCAGAUCUGGCCAUUCGAUUCCCCGGAAUGCGCGACAACGACAUCUACAAGUACGUGUACUACCUGAACCUGCCGGAUCCCACCGGAGAAACCGCCUUCCACAAUAUGACACUUCCCGUCGGAUGGGCCAAGCGGCCCAUGAUAAAAAGGUAAUUAUCGGGCAUUGUUGGGCGAAAAAUAUUCACAUUUCAAUUUCAGAUUUAAUGGAAUAGACAAAAGCGUCGGUGUGACGUUCGUGUACGGAAGCAAGAGCUGGAUUGAUCCGGGACCGGCGAUGGACAUUCAGCAGGCGAGAGAAGACUCCUACGUGGACAUCAAAAUCAUUCGAGGAGCUGGCCAUCACGUUUACGCAGACGAUCCCGACGCAUUCAACUCCAUCGUCUUGGAUAUUGUCGAAGGAAGGCUGGCGGUGCCAGUGGAUAGUAUCGAACUCGAGGAACCAUUCCAAUCUGACUAG